AUGGCCGAUCCGCGCUUCCUGGACGCGUGGAUCCGUGGGCGUACUGCACCAAAAGGCCCGAGUACGCUGCAAGUGCGUCUUGACGCGCCGGGUGGUGUUACGUAUGCACCCGACCAGCGUGAUCCACACAACUCUGCCAAGCGGACGUUCCUGGUGCCACCGCUUCCGGAGCCCGAGGACGCGCUGCAUGACUUUGAGAGCGAGAUUCAAGGACAUUAUCGUGCUAUUCGUACAGAGCCUACGUUUGUGAUUGGUGAUGAAGAUUGCGAAGGAGACACGCCUGCGCAGCAGCUUGCUGCGGAAUACCGCGCCGCGGAGGCCUCGCAAGCCGAGACGCAGCGCAGCGGUUCAGAAGCGAGGGAGGGAGAUCGUGGGGUAGUGGAGCUUAAAGGCAUUACUGGCGACCGGGAGGAGGGUGGCGACAAAGACGAGCGCGAGGGCGGAGGUCGCACUAGCCCAGGAGCAUCCUUGCCGCCCCGUCGCGACACAGAUUCGCUCGAUGGCAUGGCCCAGGUGGACGUGGAUCUCGGCGAUGCUAAGAAUGAGGUUCCCGAGCUGGACAAUGGCGUGCCCGAGCGGGCCGGGUCCGAUGUACCCAAAGACGCGGGGGCGGUCGCCGACAAGACACCCGUCGAGGUACGACCGCAAGGCGCAGUACAGGAUGCAGAUGGGGCAAAGGCCACAUCCAGUGAUGACCCCAAGCGAGACGAGACGGAACCCGUCGAUCUCACCCCGGACGCCGAAGAGGCUGUACUGGAAGGUACAAAAGUCAAUGAGCGCCCCGAGCCCAAGUCCGCGGACAAGGUCCGUGGACAGGAGGAGGAAAGAAAGGGGGGCGACACCGAACGUGCUGGCCCCCACCACGCUGAGGCCCAGCAGAGCGAUGGAGAACAUGUCGGUGCUCAGCCGACGCUUGAGCCGGCCGAGCGUGCCAAGCGACCCCAGGGCGUAGAGGGCGACCCACGGAGUACCGUGGCACAUGAUGCCAAGACCGAGCGCCAGCAGGUCAAUGACGUUGAAGCUGCUGCGGAUGGUGUGAAGGCCGAGGAUAUCGAAGCUGGAAGCGUUUCCCGCGAUGCCAACGAGGAGAAGUGUGUCGACGAAUCGCAUGCACAGAAACCUACUUCGAAAAAGGCACGAGCCAAAGCGGCAAAGAAGGCACGCAAGUCGCAGGCCGCUCAGCAACCAGCUACGUCGGACGACACUACGAAGGCGAAAGAGGCCGUGUCAGAGACGUCAAAUGUGACGGGCGCAGAUGCGUCGAGUGGAGUGGCGGACGUGCAUGGUAUUUCUGGUGAGGUGCAUGGAAAAGAUAAGGACACGGCUUCUGGGGCACAGAAAGUGGACCAGGAGAAGGAUGAGAGCAAGACCGUGGACAAGGAUGUGUCACGCGCCAAAGGUACAGGCAAGGACACCACGGCCGCCGAACAGGCUGCAGCCGACGAGCCAAAACGGUCCGAGGAUGACGCACCGAAUGUGUCCGACACGGACAGCACUCCUGCGCCAGGUACCAAGGGCAGCAAGAAUGCACAGACCAAGAGCACGGGUGCUUUAGAUGCUACCGAUGUUAAAAACGCCAAGGACGCUACAGACAAGGGCAGUGCGGACAAGAACGCCAAGGCCAAAGGUACCAAGGCCGAGAGCAGUGCCGCGGACGCCAAGGCGGACACCAAAGAUGUCAAGGACAAUGUCGAGGCGGACAGCAAGAAUGCCAAGGCCGAGGCGGAUGCCAGCAAGCACGGCCAGGGUCCGCGUGACGCCAAGGCCGAUGAUGCCAAGAGUGCCAAGCCAGAGAAUAUCGGUAGCACCGAUGCCAAGAUCGCCGGUACAGAGGAUCCCAGCGACAAGAAGACCGAUGCACAGGGCACAAAGGCCGCAUCCCUUGACACGGAACGCGCCAAGGAGCCCGCCGCCGAGGCCGCGGACGCCAAAGGCAAGGCCCCGGCCGAGUCCAAGGAGUCCACGGCGUCUGCGGCCGGCGCCAAGGAGCGCGAGGUCAAAAAAGAGCCCGAAGCAGAGGAAAAGGCGCCGAAGGACACAGCCGACGCCGAGGCAAAGGGCGCCAAGGAUGCUGAGCCCGCGGCUGCUCCCAAGGACGCGUCGCGUGACGCGCCCGCCGUCGGUGCGAACGUCACCCCCGCCGCUCCUUCUGCCCCCUCGAUCACGACCAAUGCGCAGCGCCCUGCGGAUGCACGCUCUUUCCGCAGCACCAAGUCGCUCACGCCGAGCAUGGCGCCCAGUCUUGCGCCGAGCGUGUCGCAGCUGAGUGUCGUGUCCGACAUGCGCUCCGGCACGCAAAAGCCAGAGAUGUCGCGCGUCGUGCGCCAAAACAUGCAUCUCAGCACGACGGCGAUCCCGCCUAGCAUUUCCGAUCCCAGGCUGAGCAAGAAGUCGUGGAAUGCGCCAACGUUGACGUCGUACCGAGCGAGCGAGACGCUCUCUCACCAGACGCCCGGCCGCGAUGCGGGAACGCAGUGGGAGCGCGUUAGUGGCAACGACGGUGCGAACCCCGAGCUCGUCGCGUCCACCGGCCCCAUAACGUUUGACACGAUCAGCAUGCUCUUUACGCCCGACCCCCGCCCCUGGCGUCCGUACCGCUUUGUGCGCCGCAGCGAUCCGCGGCAGCUGCUCCUCUUUUCUGCCGGUACGCUGCUGACCGGUGGCCAAGUCCGUGCGGCGGAGCUCGCGCAGCGUGCGGCGUCCGAUGGAAGCGCCAAGGCGCUUGACCGCCGCUCGAUCGCGUCGUACUUUGGCACGACGGAGAACACUGAAUCGCAAGCCGGCGUCGGUGUCGUGUACUCCCCUACGCCCGGUCUCUGCACGUCGCUUGCGGAGAAGUGCGAGGACGAGCGUGCGGAGCUCAACAUGUCGCGCCGUCUUGAGCGUCCCGACUUUUUGAACCGCACGACGAUGCAGCGUGCCGCGCUGCGUGCCGUGAUCGCUGCGCUGGAAUAUGUGCGCUGGGAAGAAGAAGGCUUUGACAAGAUUGUCAUUGCGACGCACAAUGCCUGGCUCGUGCGCGGCAUCACGCACGACAUCUGGGAGUGGCGCCGCAACGGCUGGACGCUCACGCGCCAGACGCCGCAGGGCCUGCCUGGCGAUGCGGUUCCCGAUCGCGAUCUAUGGGAGCUGCUGGACUACACGGUGCGGCAGUACGAGGAGAUUGAUUGCAACUGCCGGUUCUGGCACAUUCCCAAAGACACCAACCUGGAGGCGGUGCGCCUCGCAGAGGUCGGCGCGCUCAAAACCAACCAACACCCCGGCCUCGUCCGCUGGAGGAAGCACGUAGCGCCUCAAUAG